AUGCAUUUCAGAAACAUUAUUUUAGUAUUAACUUUCGUGUUGAUCAUUGGAUAUACAAACGCUAUUCCAAUUCCAUCAUCAAAUUUAAAUUCUACCAUUUCUAUCAGUUCAGUUGGUGAUAAUAUACCAAAAUUACCAAACAUUUCUGUUAAUUAUGGCUCAAAAUUAUCUGAUGUUGAAAAUCCUAUUGAUCAUUAUAGAAAUUAUGAAAUUAAACCAUUAGGUGAGGGUAUUUGUGAUUAUUAUAAUCAAUCUUUAAUUGAUGAUGCUUUAGUCAAUGAUAAUAUUAAUUUAGUUGAUAAUGAAUUGGUUGAUUUUGAUAAAAUUUCAGAUUCUUUAAAAUUUGAUGAUGUUAAAAAUGGUACAAAUUAUGAUAUUGUUAUUGGAAAUCCUUAUAAAGAUACUAAUACUAUUUUGGAGGAAAAAUUUACCAUUAUUUUCAAUGAAACUUCAGUUGCUAUUAUUGAUUUGAAUAAUAAUGUUCAAUAUCUUAUUGGUGAACUUUCAAAACCAGUUACCAAGACUUAUAAUAGAUUAGAACGUGAAGGUUAUUUAAAUCCAGAUACUUAUACUGAAAAAUAUAAUAAGAAAUCCAAAACAUUAACUACAUUGAUCCAAAGAAUUAUUAAAGAUGCUAAAUUUAAACAUGAAUCUGAUGUUCAAAGAAGACAUGAUCGUAAACAAAGAUGGAAAAAUCGUAAAGCUGAAUAUGAUUCUUAUAAUACAACUUCAGAAUAUAUCGUUGAUAAAGUUACUGAAAAGGCUACAAAUUAUUAUUAUAGACAUGAUCUUGACGCUAGAACUCAUCCACUUUAUAUCACUGUGAAAGUUGUUAUUAGUGGACCAAAAUAUCUUAGAUAUACUAGAAAUUUUAUCAUUAAUUUUAUUAUUUUUAAGAUCAAAUUGAGUUACUCUACUGCUUCAACAACAUUGGAUUUAUUUUUUAGAUACCUUUCAGUUAUGGAAUGA